UUUAGGUUGUCAAGAAGUAAUUUUAUUAUAAAUACAUGUUUUUAGCUUAACUGUCUCAAACUGUUUGACAUUAAACAGCCUGUUUGAGUCAGACACUGAAGGAAAAAGGAGUUAAUCGUAAAAAAAAGCCCUUCAAAAGACCCGACAGUAUAAAACAAAGUAUGAACUUUCCCCUCUUUCAUUAUUUCCUAGACUAUUUUACUGCUAGAUUUCCCCUGCAGACAUGAGUGAUAAAAUCCAGGCGUUUCCAUAGAAAGCAGUGCUUUUCUGGUCAAAAAUUAAAAAGGUAGUACAUGUAUUUAAUGUAAUUAUUAUAUAUUAAUUUAAUUAUUCUACUGAUAGGUACAGUCUUUAGGUUUCAUCAGGAGCAGGUUUGAAGUGUCCCCUCUGAAAAAUCUUCAUCAUCGCCACUUUCAAUAACACUUUCAUCAGGUGACGAUGAUUGACAGGUCAGAGAGCGGGGUCCAGCUCAAGCCCCAAAUGUUUACCCGUCCCAACGACGUCAGCGGCGGCACCAGCGGACCAGGAUGGGUUCAGGUUCUGUGUUUGUGCGUCAUCAGUCUCUGGUCAGGUGUUUAAAAAAAAAAAGAAAAAGAAAAACGGAACGUCUACUCUUCUUUGUCGUCCAUUUCGGUCAGGACGGAGUAGCACACCUUCUGGAUCAGAAGGCCAGAUUUAGCUGAAAAGAGGAGAAGACGUGACGGUUGAUUAGUCAGCUGGAAACAGUCAGCAAAUAAAAAUCAGCAGUUGAUGGCCAAUCAUGAAGAAAAUCCACUGUUGAUUAUUUUUCUCUUGGAUUUUCCCCUAAAAAGUUACGCAUUGAUUUUAGUGGAACUUUUUGUAUUUUUGCUUUACUUCUCUUUUCAGACAGUUCUAGAGUAAAGAAUGUUAACUGAUCCCUUAUGGGGAUAUUCUGGCGUACAAUGAAUUUAGGGUCAAACACACCAAAACGCAAAGUUAGACACCCUGUCGAGAUGAAUGUUGCCCUCCGCUUGCUUCUCUAGUUCUACCAACUUUAGUAACGACUGCACAAUAGCGAUAAAACCUCUACCAAAACGCCACUCUAUAGCCACAAAUAAUGCUCAGAACAGCACCUAACUUCAUCAACAGUACACAUAGGGUCCUAGACACAGCACAAGCCACCAAACAUCUUUUUAACUUUGUCUAAUUUCUUUAGCAAAGAGAUUAAACACAACUCAACCACUCUCUUCCAGCAGCCGCUUGUUUGUAGCGAGACCUCCAAGAAGUCCAUUAUGGACUACAGUGGGGUUAUGCAGCUCAAGGAAGAACAUUUAUGAUCAUUACUUCAUGGAAAUGCAAUCAGACCGAGAUGCUAAGGCAGAAGAACUACUGCGUCUGCAGUGCAAAAUGAUUAAUAUGGUGAUUAUUACUUUAAAGUAAUGAUCAUCAAUGUUCUUCCUUGAGCUGCGUCACCCCGCUGUAGUCCGUAAUGGACUGGCCUGAGGUCUCGCUACAAACAAGCGGCUGCUGGAAGAGAGUAGGGGAGUUGUGUUUAGUCUCUUUACUAAAGAAAUUAGGCAAAGUUAAAAAGAUGUUUGGUGGUUAGUGCUGUGGCUGGGACCCUAUAUGUACUGUUGAUGAAGUUAGGUGCUGUUCUGAGCAUUAUCUGUGGCUAUAGAGUGGCGUUUUGGUUGAGGUUUGUUUAUGGCUCCUCAGACCGCUGUGUAUUGCUAUGGUGCGGCCGUUACUAAAGUUGGUAUAACUAGAAAAGCAAGCGGUCACAAUUUAAUUUUAUGCUGGAAUACCCCUUUAAAAAUCAGCUCAGACAGGUUUAACUCCUACCUAUGAAGCUUCGUAUCCACAGCGGCCUCUUGGUGGCCGGAGUGUAGCAGCAGAGGAAGUAAACAGGCACUCCUGACAGGGCGAUGCCGAUGCCGAUGAGAGAGUUGAUGGUGUCGCUGUAGAGAGGCACCACCACCAGGAAGACGGUGAGGAAACAGAAGACGAUGGGAUAGAAGAGGCUGAGCUGUGAGGGGAGAAAGAAAACUGGAGUGAGGGCUAACCUGGACCUCAAGAGGCUUCAAAUAAAAUCAAGGACUUGGAAAUCUCUUUUAUUUUCUAACAGCCAAGAGCAGGAAAAGUGAGUUACCUUUAGCGGCCUCUUUCUGUCUGGCUGCUUCCAGCGCAGAUACAGUUGUCCUAAAAUGGACAGGCCGACGAAGAACCAGUAGCUGAAGCUGUAGUAGUUGAUAAGCCUGAAGACAUCCUCCACACACAGGUAUAUCAACGCCAUGAUCCCCUGCAGAGACAAACAGAAACCUUGAGUCCGACUGUGAAACCUAGAGUGAGUGAUGUGAGACUGAACGAUAAGAGGAUGGUGGACUGACAUUGAAGAGCAGGGCGGGGACGGGGGUGAAGCGAAAGACAUGGAUCAUGCACAGGGCGUCUGGCAGGUGACCCUCUCUGGAGCCCACAAAAAACAGCCUUCAAAGACACAAAGAGAUGCAGCAGAGUGGUGAAGUGAUGAAGUGGUGACGAGCAAAUCGAUGCAGUCCAUGAGAAUAUGAUCGCUUACCUGGAAGAGGCGAGGAUGGAGGCGUUGAGUCCGCCGAAGCAGGAAAGAGCAACGGCGAGGGGGAUGGUCCAGUUCAUUACCCCAAAGACCUGGUCUGCAAACGUCUGAAAAAGGAGAUUAAACUAAUUCAUGCCUGACUAUGUUCACGUGUAACUUUUCAAUCUGGUCUGCAUGCACUUACCACAGCCACAGCAUCACUGUCUAAGAUGGCGUUCAUGGGCAGGACGGUGUAGUAGGCCACGUUGGUCAGGAUGUAGAUCACCGUCACGAUGGGCAUGGAUAUGGCGAUGGCCAGAGGUAGAUUCCUGCAGUUCAUGUGAACAAACAGCAGAGGGAGGCAGAAGAGAUGAGAUACAAAGUGGGGAAUCACCCCCUUAAGAGUCUGGGCUUCAGAGCAAAUCCACCUCGGGAUUGUGAUAGGUGUGAGUGAACGAGGGGUGUGGGGUGUGGAUGUUUGUCACUUAAUCUGCCUGGGAACUCUGGGGGAGGCUCGUGAUCCUGUCACAUGAGUAAACUACACAACUGGAAUGUAACUAAGUACAUCUGAUCAGGUAUUCUGGAUCAGGAGUACGAACGGGAGUUUUCUGUUUUCUACCACUUCACGACACCUCAGGUGAAGACACGGUUCGGUAUCCUUCCUGUCUCCGUUGACGCCGUAAAUCUCAAAGUUUGCUCAUUUGAUUUAAGACUGAAGGAUUAAGUGUUCCUUGAAUAGCGACAGACCUUUCCAUGAAGUUCGCCGUGGUUUUUUUUAAGCUCAUGAUCAUUUUUCCUCGAAAGGAACUCUUGAAGGAAAGUGAUGCAGUUAUAUGAUUCUGCUGUCAGAGAUUCAACAUGAGAGCGAAGCAUGAGAUUGGAGUUAUAACAUGGACACAGAUGGUGCAAACCAGAGCUGGCAUUCAGAGAGGACUCUGGGAAAUGUAGUAUGGGACUGUUAAAGAAUCAAAAUACACCUAGCUGCGUUUCCAGGUUCUUCAACGUGCUUUUCAUGCAACUGUGAUUUUCAUGCAACUUAUGUGUUUCUAUUGAUCGUCUAAAGCCAAUAUAAAGGUUUGAGUGGAUAGCGUGAACAUCCAACCCUCACUUCCUGUUUAUUGGCCUGUCCGGUAAUGAGUUUUUAAAGUUCAUCUGUAGUAUUAAUCUUGACUUCUUUACCUCUCUGGGUUUUUGAUCUCCUCUGUGACAAAGUUGAGGGUGUCCCAUCCCGAGUAGGAGAACAGAGCCGAGUACAGAGCCAGAGCGAUGUGUCCUGGAUCUUGGGAGGAACCCUCAAAGAGGUCCUCGAAGUUCUGCGUGUGGCCUGUAAAACACCGACCCGAUAACAGUCAUUAUCCCAAGAUGCUUUCCAAAAAGAAGAGCAGGUCUAGACCUCGCUCAUUGUUUGAUGAAUUACCAAGACCCAACCAUAAUUGACCCAUCUCAUCUAACAUGAGUGACAGUGGCAAGGAAAAACUUCUUCUUACAGGUAGAAACCUUGGGAAGGACCAAAUUCAUUUUAGACAGCCACCUCUCCGAUUAUCUAAAGCGUAUCAUGUCACCAGGAAGAAUGUUUAACUUGUCUCAUUACGGUAACGUUUGACUCAAAUAUGAACUCAAAAGUGGUUGAAGCACCUUGUCCGAUCUUCACCAGGCCGGUGAUGAUGACCGCGAUGAGGGCGAUGACUUUGGCGUAAGUGAAGAAGUCCUGGACUCUGGUGCCAUACUUCACAUAGGCACAGUUCACAAACGUCAGCAAGCCUGUUGGAAGUAAUCAAAGAGUGCAAAUUAAUUCACAUAAAUCCCUCAUUAACACACAAAAAGAGGAUACAAACGAACAGUAACAGCACUUGACGAGUGGUCUGUAAAGUGAGUGUGUGCCAACAUGUUUCUGUCCGAGUACGAGGCCUUUAAGGAAACACUGCUGCUGACUCAAGCACACUGGCCUGUUGUUUUUCAGACGAGGAAACAGCUGAGUGCAGCACGUACAACCUCACACAAAUACACACACAUCCAAACCCACACAGGUACAAUCUUCAGAGCCAAACACACUCUGAGGAGCUCGUAGAGUUUGGACAAAGUUGAAUAUUUCCCCUCAAUGAAGGUAGAAGAAGAAGGUGACGUUUACUUCCCACUGACCCACAUCCUGAAGAGGAAGCGGCAGUUCAAGAGUGCGGCUUUUGUCUUUAUUGUCCUCUGUGUUACUUGGAGCAGGACUGAUGAUCUUGGGAAACAUGUUUUCGUGCUCUGCUCCGUGACUUAUCUCUCCAUGGCCUUUUAUCAGCCGAUGAUUCUUAAGCCCAUAAAAUUAAGAUAAUGAGACAAAGGCCAUCUGCUUGAAUGAUCCGGUUGUUUUAUCAUAUUUGAAUAGUAUUGUAGAAAACAACUAGAAAAAUGUGCAAAGUGUAACCCAGGUUAAAAUGUCGCAUUUCUGUCCACCUCUCCCCAACCAUUGGAUACCCUACCUGUCAGUCAAAGCCCCAGAGCACAAAUCAUAACCAACUUCUCAACAGUUGACCCCUCCCCCACUCAUCUGUACAGCUCACCGGUUCUAAAUCACCUCAUUGAUCAACUGAGCAGAAAGAUCUCACUCAUUCUUCCUCCUCAACUUUGGAAAAAGUGAGCAAAGAGGAAACUGGAAUCUGGAUUGCGGAAACUCAUUACUCACCCUCCUAUCUGGUAAGAAAAAAGACUAUAACAAUUCAACCAAUUGUGUCAGUACAAACCCACUUCUCCAUAACCUCAAACCCCAUUCAAUACUCUUUAGAACACCUGGAUCGCCACAGAUGAGCUAAUGCAGCUACACUGAGAGAGAACCUGCUGGAGAACGGUGAGCAGCUACAUACACCUAUUGUGAAAAGGAAAAAGAGCACCAAUGACUGUUCCUUCACAAAGGUCAGGCUUUUUUUCCUGGAUGAAAAACACUGGAUGGCGAGUUACCCAAGAAGACAGUCAAAGGCUUCCCCUCUCACCCUCGGCCUCAAGUCUCAUCCUGAGCCCUCUCACUUUGCUCUCAAGUGGUAGGCCAAACCAAGAGUUACCAACACAAUACAAUAUGUUAUGAAAGGCAUUACAUGAUAUGAUAGGAUACGCUAGAUACCAUAGAAAGGAUACGACUAAAUUAUGACACAAUACAUUAAAAAGACGAGAUGAUAUUAUUAGAUAUUUUAGAUACUAUAGGAUACGCUACAAGAUGAUACGAUAUGAUACAAUAUCGUGUGAUACCAACUAUGAUACAAUAUUGCAUGAGUCUAUACUAUGUGAUGGAAUGUUACAAUGUUACAAUGUCCAAAGCGACAUACUAAUGGUAUGAUAUUGGAUGUGAUACAAUAUGCUAUAACAUGAUAAAACACAAUAGGGUUAGUUUCCACACACAAUAUGACACGGUAUGAUACAAAACGACACAAUAUGAUGCUAAAUGUAAGGAAGCAAUACGAUAUGAUAUGACGAUAUGAUACGGCGCAAUGUGAUAUGAUACAAUACGACACCACAUGACAAGAUAUAUGACACUGUAAGAUAUGACACCAUAUACUACAACGUAAUACCAAGUGAAACUAUAUCAUACCACACAAUUUGAUACAGUAAGUAAAGUGAGUUGAGGUGCUUUGAUAUGGUAUGAUAUGAUACAAUAUAGAAUAAUCGACAGUAUACAAUGUGAUGGGAUGUGAAACGUCAUGCUAGAAUAUGAUUGGCUACAACAGGGUUAGUUGUGAUUGAGUUGGUUAUGAUAUGAUAAGAUUGCGUAUAUGAAAUUUAUGAUACGAUGGUGUACAGUGUGAUAUGAUAUGGUACUUGUUAUGGCACGAUACGAUAUAAUACGAUACAAUAUGAUACGAUACACGAUACAAUACAAUAUAUGAUACGAUAUACGAUACAAUACGAUAUAUGAUAUGAUACGAUAUACGAUACGAUAUAUGAUAUGAUAGGAUAUCAAUGUUAUGCUAAAAUAGGAGUGAGUUAGUAUCAAUGUGGUAAGAUACAGCGCAAUAUGAUACAACACAAUACUAAAUACGGUAUCAUGCAAUAUAAUACAGUAACUUACACCUGAUGUGAUACAUUAUGAUACGACACACCAACUAAGCUCCAACAGUUUAAACAUAGCUGUUUUUCAUAAAUCCUUUCUUUUGCUUGUUUAUUGCAGAGGCUCAUCUCAUGAUAACAAUAAAACUGAUUUUAAAUGAGUUGGCAGGGAGGGAAGGGAAGGGACCAAGAGAGAGCUCAAGAAAAAUCACACUUACUGUCGUCAUACUGUUCAGAUUCAAGUCCAGCCUUUCACUACUGACUUCCACAUCACUCAGACAUUUAAAGAAGAGUCCAAAACAAGAAUUACAUAACAAUCCUGUCCUCCACAUGGACCACCAGUUUUUAACAGUGAGGGGACGAAGCACAACACUAUCACCUUCCACCUCAUUGACAGGUACUAGAUCAUAACAGGUCUGAUCCCAACAGGAGCUCCAGUCAAACAUAACGAAAACACAACAUCCCAGACGGAGGCGACCAGUGUGGAGUGACGAAGAGAAGGCUCCACCACACAAGAAGUGAAGGAGUGGUGUGUUGUUAGUGAAAGGUUAGAAGGGUGGGAGGUGUGAGAUUAGGUUGAGGAGGCUGGCUGACUGCUUGUGGGGGUCAAAUGCGGUUCACAUGUGAAGUGUAAUGGAGAUCUUCAAUAACUAACUCACCAAGAACUCACGUGUGCAUGAAAGUUGAUAUGCGGGACUUAAGUAUCAACUGCUGAACAUUUAUUAACACAGUAUUUUACCAAAAAAUACACAAACAGAAGUGUUGCUUUCAAAUCUGGCUCAGGGUUGUAAAUCAAAUGCACCCUAACUGGACCCCGAAGAUGCACUUGCUUGGUUUUCUCAUUAUCUCAGAGAUCAGUUACAGGGCAUUAGGCUUGAUGGUCUGACACUCUGAUAUUACAACUGCCCAUAAAGGUGUACCACAAGGCUCCGUAUUAGGACCCCUUUGGAUGAUAUAUUUAAUUUCUAUGCCGAUGAUACGAUAAUAUACUGUUUCGGAGCGACUCUUGAACAGGUUGUUAAAUACUUGCAGAAUGUAUACGAUAUGGUUCAGAAUACGCUGCUUGAGCUAAAGCUUAUUACAGAGACAUCUGAGCUUACGCUGGUCACUGCUGAUGGAUGGGAGACGACGGUCGUAAACACCUCCGAAUACCUGCGAAUUCUAGUGGGUGACUCACUAAUUAUUUAACAAUAUGUGCUUGAAAAGAGUGAGGCUAAAAUUGAUUUUUUAAGCAAGUUGUGUUCUUCUUUUAAGCACCUUUUGCUGCAGCUGUUUUACCAUAAUUGAUACUGCUUACCAUUGGUACACCUUCAUUUAUAAGUCUGUUCUUGGCCUGCUUCCACGCUAUCUUUGUGUUUUUAUCACACAGAAAAGUGUUGGACUGUACUCAAUGUGCUUCCACUACUGUUAUGCUCUCUAUCCCGAAAGGUCGUACAAAAAUUGGUAAAAGGAUGUGAGGGUAUCCUGAACCCUCAGCCUGUUAUUAAUUGCAGAAUAACUUGAUGCUAAAAGGUGUUAAAAAUUAGAAAAUUUGAAAACGAUUCUUAAGACUUUAUUGCUUUAAGAUGUUUUAGUUGCAUGACUGACUCUGUGAUAGUUUCUCUAUUUAUUGUUUGUUUUAAUAGACUGGACUGUGGUUUCCUGCGUGACUGUGUUCGCAACUUUGUGUUUUUGCUGCUUUUGGCCAAGUCUACCUUCAAAAAGAGAUUAGCAAGUUAAAACAAACAUAAAUCUGAUAACUUAAUCUUAAUCUUGGACUAAGUUUGUUAAAACCUCAACGUUUUAAUAAAGCAGCUUUUAGCACAGGUCAAUCAAAAUGUGUAUUUAUCAUUAUGGUUUCUUUUUCAUUUCCUUCGCAAAAUUAAAGAAGUAAGUCAAACAUCUUUCAAAACCAUUUUUUAAAAACCUGCAGCAUGAAGAAAAAGUCAGAUUCUCCAAAGCUCGACUACAAGUUGGAUAAAGAUUUUACACAAACUCAGAUCAGGUAUCAUGUUUUCAUGUUUUUGGGCAGUCAAAGCACAGUCACUCAGCAAGAGUGAGGGUUUUCCUUGACAGGACGUGUAUUUAGUUUAGUUUUAAUCCUCCCUCCUGUGCUGAGCUGUCAGUAGCCUGUUAGCCUCUCAGGUCAGAGUCUCUCUGCAGGACUUUACCUCCCAGAUAUCAACUCCCCCUUCUCUGAGCUCUGCUUAUCAGUGCAUGCCGCAAGUGUGUAUGUGCACGUCUUAAGUGUGUGUGUUCAUGCGUGCGUGGGCAGGUGGAUGAGCCACUGAUAUUAAUUGCAAAAGAAGCACAAUUAGUCUGUUUUUAUCUUGAGUAUCAGUGCUUGUCUGCAGGGUAUCACCGCAGAAAGCCCAUUCUUUCUGUCCUUGGCUGCUUGUUUUAUUGCCCGGUUGCCUGAGAGUUGGUAUUUCUGUUGCCCUGGAAAGCAGUUUUUUGAAUUUCCUGUUGCGACCUUGUUCGUUUGAUUAAAUCCGUUUGUCAGCUUUGCUCUUUAGGUGACUCUUCCCCUGUUGUGCUCUAGUUACCUUGGCUGUCCUUGGCCCAUCCUUGCACUAAGGUUACCUUUUGAAUCCAUGAAUAGCUUUUUGCUUUUCCCACAGUUAGGAAAGCGGUGACACAAGUGCGCGUGUGCGGUUGAGUAAAACAUUUUUUCCUGCACUCUUCCUUACGGCUGCACAAGUUUGAGGGUCACUCAGUUCCUGUUUCAAUUGAUUGUCUGAGUUUCUCUGCCUCAAACCUGCUGACUGAAGCAGUGCAGUCACAAAUUUCACUUCUCUUGUCUGACACUCACGUGCUUUUCUUCAGAUUUAGGACAUGCUGUGGCUGUAAAACAUCAUAUUUGUCUUUCCACUCCCUGACUCACACACGCAGUCAUUAAAUCACUCAGGUUUGUGUACUUACAUAUACAAGCAGCAGCCAGCAGCCUGUUGGCCAGGUACGGUGCUAUACAGGUGGGGAAGAUGGGCUGCACCAUGUAGUUGGAGAAGGUGAUGGCGAUGAUGGCUUGGCUAGUCGGCUCGAUGAUCAGAAGCGACGUCCACAAGCGGAUAAAGGCCAGGAAGCCCCCGAAAGCCUCCAGGAUGUAGGCAUAGGAAGCCCCGGACUUGGUGAUGGUGGUCCCCAGCUCGGCGUAGCACAACGCUCCGAAAACAGAGAAGAUCCCACCGAUGGUCCACACCACUAGGGAGAGGCCGUAGGAAGCGCUGUGGAUGAGUACACCCUUUGGUGAGACGAAGAUCCCAGAUCCGAUCAUGUUCCCAACGAUGAGACAGACGCCGUUCAGGAGGGAGAUCUCCUUCUUUAGCUUCAUGGAUUCUCCCGAGCCCUCAGACUUCGUAGACUCGGGGCCGCCAUUGGUCACCUCUUGCGUUGGGGCUGGGCUGUAGGAGGCCAUUGUUCGUGUUUUGGUGUUCUGAUUUAUUUCGCUUCUAAGUUAAACAAUGUCCUCUUCAGAGUCACAGCUGUCGAGUGUUUAUUUCUUUUCUUGGUCUUUAUUUCCAACUGAAGACUUAAACUUUUCUGUGAUCCUCUCCUGCCAUCUGUAUAAGAAGCAUAGGUCAUAUAAGUGAUGCUGUUACCAUGGAGACGGUUGUGUCAUCGCAGAAAAUGCCCGCCUCAUUUCAACCCUGCCCCACUCUAUUCAAAUGCAUACAUUUUUAUAUCCCACAGGUGAUAAUGUGGGGACGUACAUGCAGAAAUAAAUGACAUAAUAGCACAUAAGUGCACACACUGUUGUGUUUGAGAGCAGUUUAGUGGAUCGCAGAGCCAUUAGCACGCAUAGCAAAUAGCCUUUUAAGGUUGAGUGUAUUGACAGAGAGAGGGAGACGAGCAAACAUGCCUGGAAACACCCGGCUCUUCAUUAGUAACCAAACGUGUAACCCAGGUAGAAUCACCGACUCAGACACAGACACACUUUGAGUCAUGACGGCCAAGAAAUUUGCCCACACACACUCAAAAACACACGCAUGCAGCAAGAGAGCGGAGGAGUCAGCACAGUGGGAGGUCACAUGUUUUCCAAAGUUCAUCAUCCUCAGCUUGAAUGCAUUGGGAUGCUGAGACACACACUUGUUGUGCUUCAGUCAGUACACAUUAAUUUAAAACCAGCUUAAGUUUAACAACAUGGAAAAGAGCGCGCCAAGUUGAGGCCAAGAUUUCGCUGAUGUUUACCGAGCUAAACCAAAUAUUAGACCAGCUCAGUUAAUGCAAUUAUAAUGAGUGCAAUGCAAUUAGAAAAUUACCUUCAAUUCGUUAACAUGUCAAUAGAGUUUUAAAUCACUAAGGUCAACAAUAUCAAGAAGUAUCUGGUUUUCUGAGAGGUGUUUAAAUCCCCUCAAAAAAGUGUCCGCCAUGUUUCGAAUGCUAACUCCAACUUACUGCCAGCUGAUCUGAAAACAAGUUCAAACUGCCUCGCAAACCAUUUACAUCAAUGUGUUUAUUAUAAAUUAAUAUAGAGACAUGUACUUUAUUAACGAGGCUGUAAAUGGCAACCUCUCCUGUUGAAAAAAAGAAGCUAAUGUGAAAAUGCUUAAAACUGCAGUUCCUCGAGUGUCCACUUGAAGCUGGCUCGAAAGCUGAGGAACUCCCAUUAACACCCAUAUCAAAAUGACCAACUUAAUAGCUGAAUCAAACAUGUUUCCUGCCUAGUACAAUAUGCAUUUCUGGUGUAUGAAGUUCUUGAUUUGCCCAGGUUUCAUGAAGUUUGAUGAUAAAAUCUAAAAGUUCACAUCUGUUUUAACAAAAGUAAAUCCGUUGACGCGAUGAGAUAUUUAUCUGAAAGAUGCAUACUCAGGCCAAUUGAUCAGAAACUACAGAGAGUGUGCAGUAAAUUUAUCAAAAUAGCAAACGAGUCCUACUGCAUUCUGCAUCGAUGCAUUUUUCCCUGAUAUUUGUGUAUUUGAAUUUAUGAAUUUUGGAGUCUAAGAGGGGUUAAAUUUGUCCAAAAAGCAGAACUAAACAAAAAAACAGGGUUCCUAGAGUAAGUAUGGAAAUAAAUUUGAUCAAUUCCCAGGUCUUAAAAAGUAUGGAAAAUGAUAAAGUACGGAAAAAUAUGUUUCGAGACUAUUACCACAGUUCUAAAAUACUGUUUUCUAAAAUAAAAAAGUACGUAUUUCCAAAAAUAAUUCUUAAAAGUAGGGUAUGGUUUUGAGUUCAGCUGCUGUGGUGAGUAAUUUUGCUAUCUCCAAGCUGCACCCACGUGCUUUCACCUUCCUCUAUGGCGGACCUCAAAUAUGUAACACCUCUUUGCAAAUGUAAAGAGAAACCAAAAUACUGCUUUUAAAUCUCACAAAGUGUUCAUAGGAUUUUGUACGAAAAGCAGCAUUUUAAGUCAACACCGCGAUUUUAAUGAUGAUCAUUAAAAUAAUCAGAAUAAACUCAGUGUUCUCAGUCUCCAAUGUAACUCUGGUGACUUUUCCUCUUUAAAAAAAACUGUUCAAAGAUUUAUUGAUGAGCAAACAAAAACACUGUCCCAGUCUGCAGGAAAUCUCAGGGUUGAAAACAUGAACCUUAAGUGCAGAUAGGAAGAACAGAGGUGUAUAGAUGUGUAAAAUUGAUCUUCAGAUAGUUUGACUGAAGAGACUAGACGAGUCAUUGAUCCGUAAAGAUAGAGGACAGACUCAGACAGAGGAAAAAUCAUUAAAGAUAUCAGGCUGUUCUUAAGAAAAUGAGCAUUAAAGACAAAUGCAACAGAGGUCAGAGUGACUGAAAUGCACAGAUACCUUCAGACAGCAACACGUGGGUCCACGAAGGAGUGACUCUCGGGGAAGCACAGCAGAUUGUGGUUCCUGCAUGUGAUCAAACGCAGAAGACACUUAGAGGUGAGGCUCUAACAGAAGAGAGAGACAGAGAGAGAGCAAGGUCCAAAAAGUGCUGAUAAGUGCUCCUUCAUGUGUUCUGUUUCUCAAGGUUAUAUCCUGGAUCCCUUUGACAUUUAUCAAUGAAUCUUUACUGUCUUAUCAUGGAUGAGGUUGAUGUACAUUUAAGGUUAUAGUAACAGGAAAUGAAUGGGUGACUUACACAUGGCUGUAGUAUUUAUCUAAGUAUCUAUCUGUUAAGACUUAAAACAGGCCUUAGUUAGAGCUUGACUAGACUUGAUUUAGUCCAAUAUCAAAGUUGCAAACACUAUAAUGCAUCACGGGUUAAUAAAUGACAGUUUGUGUUGUAAACUUCACAGUACCUGCCUGGUGUGUGAGUAUAAACCUGCACUAAAGAGCCACAAGAGUACAUAAAGUAAGGCAGUAAGAGACUGUUGUCGGGAAACUCACCUCCUCUUGUUGGGUUUCCCCCUGAAAAACGUCGAAAUUCACCUUUCCUCCUGGUCUCGCGCUUUCAUCGCUCUGUCUCGCGACCAGAGCCAAUAAGAAGUGCGCCCGUGCGGUGGACCUCCGCCUGCUGCUUCCGCUUGUUGUGACUGACUCUCUCUCUCUUCAGCUGAUGAACUUGUUGCUUUUAUGCUCUUCUGGUUUCUGAGGGUUUACUAGAGAGGAAACGAGUCAGCCGAGGGGGAGAGGGAGGGAGGGGACUGCUGUACCUUCGUAGCGUCUCGACUGAGUUGGUUUCGACGUUAAAAUUGAUUUAAAGUUCCUUUUAUCGUCGAAGGUGGAGGAAAUAAGCUUUGAACAGAGGCUCUGUGAUUCAUGAUGAGGUCAAUAAGACUAAAGCAGCACAUUUCAGGAAAUAGGGGGGCCAGCAUUUCUUUGUUGAAAUGUGUAAAACAACAAUAAAGUGGUCAAAGAUAAACAUACUUUAUGACUCAAGGACUAAAGAGGAUUCAAGCCUCUUAAAAAAGAUUUAGAUCAGAGAUCAGAGUGAAAAAUUCUGACAAAGUCAGAAAUUUGAAGUUAAAAUUACAAAUCUGUGAUGAAAGUCAAAACGUAGUGAUUAAUGUCUGAAAUCUGUGAUUGAAUUUGGAUUUUUUAAAGAAUUGUGAUAACUAUUAUUAGACUUAACUUUGAAUCCUGAAUAAUAAUAAUAAAAAAAAGACAACAGACCAAAGACAGAAAAAAAUAGUUGGAAAAAAAUAGAUAAAUAAAUGAAUAAAUAAAGCAAUAGAUGAAAAAAAAAUAGAAAUAAAUAGAAAAAUAAAUAAAAAAUAAAAAGAUGAAAAAAUAAAUAAAAAGAUGAAAAAAUAAAUGAAUGAUGAAUAAAUUGAUAAAUAAAUAAAAAAUAAUUAAAUAGAUAGAUAAAUAAAUGAAUGAAUGAUGAAUAAAUAGAUAAAUAAAUAAAUAUAAAUAAAUAAUUAGAUAGAUAGAUAGAUAGAUAGAUAGAUAGAUAAACAAAUAAAUGAUAAAUUAAUAGAAAAUAAAUAAAUAAAUGAUAAAUAAAUAGAUAAAUAAAUAAAUGAUAAAUAGAUAGAUGAAUAUAUAAAAGAUAAAUAGAUAGACUGAUGGAUACAUAGAUAGAUAGAUACAUAGAUACAUAGAUAGAUAGAUAGAUAGAUAGCUUGCUUUUCGGCCCUGAUCCUUUCUGGAAAAUGUAGUCAAGCAUCCCCCUGUAACAAUGAAUACGAACUUAUACCAUCAAACUUGAGAAAAAGUCUUAUGUUUUAAUAAGGACAGACUGAUCCAUUUUCUGCUCCUGAGUCAGUUUUACAGUUGAAUUUAAAUCAGAACAUUGAAGGCCUCCUGUCAUGCAGUCUUCCGUUUGAAUUGCAGUUUCUUUAAAUCUUGUUGAAAUUCUAAAUGGAGCCACCAUACUUAAGGCCAAACUUCAGACUAACAACAAAGUUAUAUCAGUCAACUAUAUUUGCUUACUCUUAAAUUACUCGGGGAAAGAUAAAAUUCAGUCUUUGAAAUUAAAUUAGACAACACAAGAGAGAUAAAAUUUUAGAAUCAACCAAAACAUAAAAAAUGAUGAAAGGAUGGGUCAGUCUGUGCCUACUUUAUGAAGUGAGAAAAAACAAUCAUAAUAUGACUGUCCUAACAGUGUAAAUGGACACAUAUUGUUGUGUCUCUGCCUUGUCAGAGAGUUUUGUGGAUGAACAGCCACCAUAAAUUAGAGGCCAUAGCUCCCUCUUGUGGAUUUAAUGAAGAUUGAACUGUGUCAAAACAUUCAAUGACAGUUAAUGGAUGGUCUUUGAUUGUUUGAUUUAUAUCUUUUUAGCCUUAAUCUUCAUCCAUAUGAUUAGGCUUUACAUUACUCUGCUUUCUAACUUGCUUAUUUUACUAUGUAUUAAACUUAAUUGUUGUAGGUUUUUUAAUCUUUAUUCUUGUGUUGUACAAUUAUUCAUACUCCCAGCCCACAUUGGCUUUCUGUGAGGAACUUUUGGUGUCUGUUAAUUCUGGCACUUCUUGUCUGGGUUCCUCUUUUCCUCUAAAUGCAUGAGAAGCAUCUUCUGACAAAAAAAUCUCAUCAUGACAACUUUUGAAAGUCAGAUAUAUCAUUUUGUGAAUAGCUUAUGUUCAAGUUGUAAGUUGUCGCUGCUUCCUUAAAUGAUUUACCGACACCUUCCUCCUCAAACUGGUUUCAGGCAUUAAAAACUCUGAUAUAAAAAUCAUAAGCCAUGUCACCGAUUGUUUUGGAUAUUAUAAAAAGACAUCAUUGGAUGAAGAAAUACUCCUUAUGUGAGCUUAAAUCAGUGUUUUAAGGAUAUGCAUGAAUGUAAAUCAGGCGUAUUUGGCUCAUUUGCUCAAUUUCAUCAAAUUCUGAGGGCAACUUUCAUAAAAGCUAAAACAUAUCUUAUAAUUAUGAAACAGUCUGCAAGACAUCACACUGGGAGACUCGCAGUUUUAUGUACAAAAUCUGCACAAGUUGUAGUUUUUAUCAUUACAGUAGUUGCACUUAUGUCGCCCAGAAAACAGUAAGUUUGGAGCUCUUAGUUUUUGCACAUAAUUUAAUUGAAUUUGUGCUAAAUUUUUUAAACUAUUGAUCAAAAUACUAUUGUCAGUUCGUGUCACAGUAUUUAUCAAGGUUUGCCAACAGGAGGAGCUAUAAUCACUGCCAUUGAUUAACAAUCAUCAAAUCUGUAAUCAGCUGUUAUUUAAAAGGUUUAAUUGUUGUUGGAAACACCAAACCGCUGAACAUAAGUGUGAUCUGUUGUUAGUUUCUGAUACGUAUUUUAGUAUUCAUGUAUUUCUCUCACUAAUUUCCUUUUACGUUAAUUAAGUUUAGAUAAUUAACGCAUCACUCUUUGUCUCUAAAUGAUCUCACAAACAGUUGAAACACAGUCGUCUCAAUUAAUUAAUGGCCAAUACACGUCUUCUUUGUCCACCAAAUGGUGGCUGAUCUUGUUUAAUUGUAGGCUUAAUGUGCAGAUCACAUGACCUUUAACAUCUCCAAAACUUCUGUCCUCUUUAAUGACGACAAUCGACCCGUAUCAGGAGGUUGAUUGAUCGGUUCUGAUGAGUAAUGAAUGUGUUUAAAAGUGAUUAAAGCCUGAAACUGUCAUCAUCAGACCUACAGACUUUUGUUUCCGUCAAAAUGACUUUUUCCUUCUUCUUCUUCUGCUUUUCUUUUCUCUUAUUUUUUCAUUUGAUUGAGACACGUCUCUUGUCGCCUACGAACGCAUGUGGACAAACUUCUCACACAUGGCUCCUUUCACUCCUUUUGUCCUCCACUCUGCCCUGAGCAUUCUUUUCCUUGGUUACCGGUUGUCAUGGUUUCAGGAGCCCCUGUAGGCUAAAAAACUGGAGGGAUUAUAGGCAGCCAUUUUGGGGACAGCUGGGCCAGGUUGGUCCCUGUUGCCCCCUGUCCCGCUCCCAGUCACUUUGGGGGGAAGAGGGGUGGCAUUGUGUGAGGAUUAGAGCUUCCUGUGUGUCAGCUCAUUACAUGGGGUGGGAAGAGGGGUGGGAGAGUACAGGGGUGAGGGGGGUGAGCGGAGAGAGUGAGGGAGAGAAAUGAAAGAGAAAAUGAAAGAGCGUAUGACACAGAGAGGGGAGGGAAAGGCAGGGGGGAGGAAGGUGGCGGCCUCUACAGCUGCACCCUCAAUCACACUCAUACAGGCUGUGAUUAUCCUUUUCACACAUACACACACACACACACAGACGCACUCACGCACACACACACAGUACUGGGAAACUGAAACAUAUUAAAAGACAUUGAGGGCAAAAAAAGGCAGAAUUAGGAGACAGCAAGCCCAGCACCCCAGACAAAGAGACCCCGAUCCAGACCCACAGAGAGCUGGAACAAACAAGCCAAAACUGACCAACAAUGUACACACAGAAGAAGAAUCAUGCACACAGAAUACGUAAACAGAUAAACUAAUUCACAUAGACUGUGGCCAGACAGAAGAAAACGCCAUCAGCAGAAAAAAAAACACAGAUCUCCAACUCUCAUUGCCUUUGUUUUAUUUAACUUUUAUACAUCACGUGGGAGGCAUGGGAACAUCGCUACAAAAAAAGGGUUUACAAAGGGAAAAGCAAAGCAUACAAAUACUAAACUGGGCAGAGCAGGAAUGCAGUGAGCGUAGACAAUUUCUGCAGGAGCAGAAAACUCUCAAGUGCUUUGAGAGAGAAGAGCUGGGGGAGGAGGGGGGAGGGAGAAAUAAAGGAGAGGGGAGCUAUAAUGGACAUGGUCCGUCCUUGUUAUGGAUUUCAACAACAAGAAAGACCAUUUACAAUCAUAAGUAAUCAGCUGUGAGCAAAAGUUUACAGCUAUAAGUACAGGAAUGUUCACAGAAGUACUGAUAAUCUGACACAGUCAUCACCUUUUAAUGUUAUCAGUGUUUUCAUGGUUAUUAUUUAUGACGGAGCAUCAGGGCCACGUUAUAGAAGAAAAAAGUUUGAGGUUUAGAAAGUAAAGUCAUACAUUCAUGAGAAAAAGUCAUAACUAACUUAUGGUCUGCCUUUACGAUUUUUUAAUGUGAUUGAGGAGAGCAGCUGCCUGUGCUAAAAUAAAGAAAUGGGACAACCUUAGAGCUAGACUUAAAGCUAAAGUCUAAAAUCUCUGCAAGAGGAUACCUGUCAGCCAAGCAGCUGAAGGAACAGCCAUGUUUUCACAUCUGUCAUUUAAAAUACUCACAUUAAACUAUCAGAGAGAGAUGACACUACUUUAGUUUGUAGAGGGCAAAGACUGCCCACAGGGAGAGCCAUCAUUGACAAAAACAGAAAGUUCCUCACAGGAGCUUUAAGUUUAUUUUUCAUACAUAGCACAGUCUUUUUGCACAAUAAUGCCACAUUGUCAGAAGUUUUAGGAUCCUGUGCCAAAAAAAACUGAGUCUCCCUUAAAAUAGAGAAUAGACUAAUGGGCCGCCUGAGCAGAUUUCAGCAACCGCUAUUUAUCCUCAACUAUUUGUUGCCUUACAUAUGAAGUACCCAUAACCAGACUUAUUUCUUAUAAAAUCCCAAUUGUAUUCUUCAAAAUGUUUAGGUUUUAUCUCUCGGACUUAAAAAUUCAUCCCUGUACUUUUUCACUUUUUCUCAAAUUUUUUUCUUCUAUGACUUUAUUCUUGUAAAACUGUGACACCACUUUAGGAAUCUCACUUUUUCUUCAUUUGGCCCAAAUCCUCCAUCAUAUUCAUUAGCUUAAGUUCCAUUGGCGUCAUUUUCCUCUGGCAGCACAAUCAGGGUGAAGAGCUCACAUUUGUUCUGCUGUUAAAUGAACAGGUGUCUUUUUUUAACUGUCUUUAUUAUCUUAUUGCAUCAUAUGUUAUUCUUUUACUCUGAACAUGGCCACUUUCCCCUCAGAAUUUUCUAAUGUUUUCCUUUUUUCAGCCGCUGAGUUAGCUUAAUGUGCUAAAAUGAACACUUUGCAAGAUACCCUGAAUACAUACAGCUCACACUUUUGACUUAACAGAGUGAAUUUGAGCCUCUAACCCUGGAAGUGACAUCAGAGGAAAAUAGUUGCUGAGUCAUUCGCUAACGUUCUUCUACAAAUUGUUGUUUUGUCAGCACAGGACACAGUGCAACUCACAGUGCAACACAGUACACAGAAACAUGCUUUUAGCAGCAUGGCAUUACAAAUGUAAGGAAGAAAGUAACAAUUAAAAGCAUAAAAUGUACCGCAGCUUGUAUUUACAAAUACAAAUGUUGGCCAUUAUUACUCUGGCCUGUUUUGGUAUGGAGUUCAUCAUGCAAAAAUCUGGACCGUCCGUCUUAUCCAACCCAGCUUACGCUGGUUGUUUGAUAUCAUACAGUAUGUGCUGAAAAAAAGCGCAAAAACUUAAUUCUCAUUGAAACAAUGCUAUGAAGAAUGUAAGAUAAGGCCUCACUGUGGUCUUUGAAAUACAAAAAUACAUUUCUAAAAUACUACAUUCAAAUAUCUUUUGUCAUAUUUCUACAAUACAAACUAAAACUAUCUUCCUAAUACAAAAGGUAAACAUGAAUUAGAAUUAAUGACUCCAAAAACUACAUCUUCCAUUAAAAAAUACAUUCCCUUGUCAGGACCCUUAGAGAUACUAACUCUACACAGUAGUGUCCAUUGGCUCGUCAGCCUCACUAGAAACAACACUGACUGGUGGAGGUUCUGUGCUAUCACCUUUCUUGGGGGAUUUAGCCAAUCCCAGCUCUUCUUCCUGCUUUUCCUGGUCAUUAUUGGCUGAAGUUGAAGUGUGGUUCUCCUCAUUGUCUUUGUCAUUGGUCUGAGCCUUGGAGGGAUUAUUGGUCAGUGCUCCAGGGUGAGUUUUCAUAUGACCCUGUCAAAGGGGGGAAACAACACAAUAAGGGUUUACUCUCAACUAUUCAGUCAAAAAACUUCAUAAAUAGGUUUCUCCCUCUUACACAAUCAAUGCUCAAGAACAGUUGACAGCAUUGUCUGCAAGUCUUACCUUAAGUCCGCUACGGCUGGCGUAUGCCUUUCCACACUCAGUGCAGCUGUAGGGUUUGUCAGGGCGAGGAAGCUGGGUGUCCAGUGCUUGUGCUGUCACAGAGGACUCCUGGUCCUCCGAAGGCUUUUCCGGCAUGCUGUAACCCUCCUCCAUUUGCAUGUCACUCUCUGGCUCUGGCUCUGUAUCCAAUACUGGCACUGACUUCCUGGGUGUGGCAGUCUCAAUCUUGCUUUUGCUCUGGGUUGCCCCUUUGUCUUGUGCCUCCUGUGCUUUACUUCCACCAGCCUCCUCUGCUUCAGAGACAGCUUUUGGGCUAGAAGGAGGCGUGAGUGGGGCUAAGGGAUUUGCAGGCUUGGGGUUGGAAUCAAGACUUGUUGAGGGUUUGUUUAAUGAACAGGCCUCGUCAUUUUUUAUUCCUUUAUGCUGCACAUCAUUUUCUUCCCCAGGCUUGGAAACACAGAGAGAAAGAGGUGUGUCAUCAGCUUCUGCAUCUCCAUUCACUGCUGAAUGAGAACUGCCGAUGGGUGCUUUGAAAGGGCUUCCCAGGUCAGUAUGGGCCUCCUCUUCAGAAUAAAUUGAGCCGUUCAUGGGGCUACCAUCAGUUUGGGUGUUGUCUCCUAGACGCAGGGGGUCUUCAGCUCCUGUUGAGGGAGGAUUACGGGUCAGGGGUGGGCUAACACUUGGUGUUGAGCCCUCUGAUUCCUCUGUCUUCACAGAAGUAGCAUCAGCAGCUGUUGAUUGCUUGGAAGUAGACCCUGCACUAGGGGUAUCAAUUGAGGACUUGGAGUUUGUUGUUAAGGCUAGUGGGAGGAUUUGUGCUGUUGAGCCGGUGGAGUCAUUUUCCCCAUCAUUGAAGAUAGCAUUCUGCAUUUCUGAGCCAUCCUCAGGAGGCAUGUCUUCAUCAGGAGGUAACUGCCCUCCUAGAUGCAACCGUAUAUGAUGCUGAAGAACCAAGGCAUUGGUGAACUUGCGUGGGCACAGGGGGCAGGAGUUUAAGGCACGGGAGUUGGCCGGUCUUGCACGGUGAGUUGCCAAGUGAGCCCUCAGGCUACCCUUUGUGGAGAAUGAUCGACCACAUAACUUGCAAGGGAAAGGGCGCUCUCCCAGAUGUGUGGCCUGGUGCAAUCGCAGAGCUCUUGGACAGCUGAGGACCCGCAGACACACUCCACACUGAUUAGCAGCCUGAGCGGUGGGCAGGGAGGGGGUAGUCUUAGUUGUUGUGGUGCCAGAACCUGAGGCCCCUUGGCUGGUAAUCAGUCCAGACGCAUUGGCACUUGGGCUUAGGCCAAGAGCAGCUAACAUUUCCCUGCGAUAUGCACUUGAGGUGGUGGUCAGGUCAUGGCCGUGAGUAUCCCCAUUGGCUUCUGCAGAGUUUGUCGAGGUGGAGGACGAAGAGGCACCUCCCUGUGGCUGCUUUUCAAGUUUCUGUACCAGGCGUUGCAACUUGGAGGUGUCAGAGGUCUGGCUAGAGGUGGUAGGAGAGGAUGAAGAGGGGGAAGAGGUUGAUGGUUUGGGGAAAGGUGGAAAGGGGAAGGGUAACUGAUGGGGAGAAGUGAGGUGGGAGGUGGAUGGGUGGCCUGGGGGUCGUAGAAGUGCAAGAUGGUGAGGAGAGGUACCACCAGGGAAGAGAAUCUUGGGUAGCUGAGCUAGUUGGGAGUAAGGGGAGGUUGUAUGGAGGGUGGAGUGAGGAGGUGUGUUUUCAUCAAAUCUCUGCUGCUUUGCUCCUUUGAACUGACUGCUCAUUGAGGAGGAGGAAGAUGAGGAUGAAGAUGAUGAAGGUAACACAGUGCUUGAUACGCUGGCAGCAGAUGCAGCCGAGGCUCUGUUUAGCUGUAGAAGUGAGUGGGCAGUGGACAGCAAUGCCAUGUCCACUGAAGGGGGCAGAGGUAGAGAGGAAGGUGAAGGCCGAGUGGACGCACUAGACAGGAAACCCAAGGCCAUGUUCUCUGUCACUCCAGGAAUACUUCCUUUUAUUCCAUUGAAAGGCUCAUCAUCAUCAGCACGACGCUUUCUCCUUCUCUGGAUGGUACCAGAGGGAGAGCUGCUUUGUGCUUGCUCCGAUAACGCUGGGGGCAGCAGGGAGAGGGACAGCUCAGGGUUCUGCUCUCUGUGUCGCAGAAAGUGGGCUUUGAGAUUCCCUCUUGUAGUAAAUCGGCUCAAACAGACUGGGCACUGGUAGGGCCUUUCACCUGUGUGUGAUCUCAAGUGAAUCUGGAGUGACGAAUCACUGCUUAACACCUUCCCACAAAAACGGCACACAUGUUGAGGGCGCCCUGAAGAGGAGGCUGAGCCCAGAGAGGAGCUGGGCUGGAGAUCCUGGGAAUGGCUGGUGGUUGGAAGGGGAGGAGUGGGGAAACUGAUCCCAUUGCUAUGAGCAAAUGAGGAGGUGUUGGAUGAUUUCUCAUGGAGGUAGCGAGGUGGGAGGCCUAAUGACAGGGACAGAGGGUGCAGGGAGGCAACAGUGGAGCUGAUAGAAGAUGCAAGGGAUGAGGGAGUCAAUGAAGAUGAGGUAGAGGAGGAUGAAGCUCUGCUACCAUUGACAUGUGAAGCACCUGAUUUGGGAACAGAUGACUGGGGGAAAAGGGAUGAUGGGAGACCACCCAAAAGUGAUGCUGCUGUGGUUACUGGUGUGGCAGUGGAGGGGUGAGUUGGAGACGAUGAUGCAGCUCCAGUAGACUUCUGAUUUGUGUCUGCACCACUUGCCUGUGUGUUGUUCUCUUGACCAAAAACUGCCCCCCCAAGCCUGAGGACGUGCCGACAAAUCUCCUCUGUUAUCUGCAUCUGGUGGAUCUGCCUUUGCUGUAAAACCCUCAGCUCCUCAAGGAGUACUGCCAAAGUUGGCGGCACCUGGAUCUGUCCCUGCUCUGCUGGUGAGCCAGAGGUCUGCCGCUGACGUGGACUAGAACUGUCGCGGUGAGGUGGUGCACACUGAGAAGAGGAGGAGGAGGAAGAGGAGGUAGUGGUUGUGGCUGAGCUGCCCAUUGGUGGGGAGGUCAUUGUGGAGUGAGGGUGGGAGUUCCCUUGAUGGGGCAAACUGUUGGAACCUGAGUUUUGGCUCAGGGGAGGUGGUGAGUGGGUCUGGGAUGACAGCGAGGGGUGAGGAAAGUCUGGUGAGAGAGAAGAGUGGGUGUUUGGAAGAGAGGUGGUAAAGGGGGCAAUGUGGCUGGGCCAGUGAGGAGGAGGCGAGCUCUCGCUGGGUAAGGAGGGCGCGUGGAGCCCACCAGGGGAUGGGCGAGGGGCCAGAGGCGGCUGGCAGUCCUGGAGAGAGGUGGGGGAGGAGGAUGAGGAUCCUGAUGAGGUCACUUCUGAGCCAAGAGAGGUGGAUGGUGACUUCAUGCCCAGGUGUUCAUCUGAGGAUUGACAAAAAGAAGGGAAAACAAUCAAAGCGAUGUCUUUAUGCUUUGUUUUCUUUUACAAACUGCUAAAUUAACCCAAAAAUCGAGGGAUGGGAACUCAUCCAAUCUUGAAGUUGUAUAAAAUUAUUGACAUUUGCAUACAAACUUUAGGAUCUGGUGACUACAAAAGAAAUACCUGCUUUGACAAGAUAAAUAAGUGGCAGAUCCUCUGAAGUCUAUCAGUCUCUGUAAUGUCUUGUCUCAAUCUGUGCUCUCCGGAGCAAAACUCCUCAAACAUCUUGCGCACACAAAAAAGCUUACAGACCACCUUGCUGCUAUGGCAACACAUUUUAGAGGACAAUGGGCAUCACCAAGACAACCCAUAACCCCUCUUAACCCACCCCCGCCUUACUGCAGUUACGUCUUUCAUCUCCCUAUUCACCCUUCCCCCCUUACGUCACAGUGGAGGUCAAGGGUCAGGCCACGCUAAGGGUUCUGGGCACUGUCCAGACACUCUGAUUGGUCAACUUAUCUGACCUCUGCAGCUCAGGGGUCAAAUUCUUUCAGAAUCUUGAGCACAGAGUGAGAAAGAGUAAAAAGAGAAAGAAGGGGGGAGGGUAACAACAAUGGGGAGACAAACUAACUAUUCCCUCCUAGAGAGAUAUAGUGAUGGAAUGAAAGACUGUACCUCUGUGAAAUCUCUUUUUGUGUCAAUGAAAAUCAAACCUGAACCUGGAGAAAACUGGAACUUGUCUGCUGAAGUUAACUUUCAUGAGGGAACGUUUACCUGCAGAGCAGCUUAGAUGCGUGCAAUUGAAGACUAAGUCUAUCACAAAUCAGAACAAGUGCAAGAGCUAUGUUUCUAUUCUCUCUGAAUCCUUUUUUCCCCUCAUCCAUCUACCCCCCUCAAAGUGUGUAGGGGUAUACAGUCAAUAGGACUAGGGGCGAGAAAGAGGGAGAAAGACAGGGGGGAGGGAAGUGGUGAGAAUGAGGAAAACGGGGGAAGAGGGGUGCAUAAGAGAGAAAGGCAUGAGCUAAAAGUAAGACGAAGAGAAUAGACGGGUGGAAGAUUAAUCUUUACCAAAAACACUGCCUACCCCCUCCCCCCAACCAUGCACCUUAUUGUUAACAAAUAAGAGAGGGCUCUAUACUAAUCAAAGACCUCCAGCAGCCAGCACUGAGCAGCCUGUUGGUUUCCUGACGGAGGAACAACACAUGAAAAUGGCCACAGAUGUACGUUAGUUAAUCCUACUCCAUUCACUUCACAGGGACAAGUUUAUUGGCCCCAACCAGAGAGUCGUUUAGUGGGGCCCAUUAUUGUCAGUGACAAAGCUAGGAGGGGUGUCUUGAGUUGACUAACUUUGAUUUUUUUUAACAUUAGAUAAAUCAAGUGCCUUAACAUAGAGUCAGAAAUGACCGAGGGUGCAUGUUGAACCGUAACACAAACUUUGUCUAAGAAAAGUUAAGAGAAGAAUGGAUUCACUUUGCAGCCUGCAGGAUCAGGAUGGUGGCCAUAUCACUACAAAUCUCGAGAUCAAAUGCAUGCACGCCCGUAAAGAUGUUUACUCACCGUGAGAUAGCAGCCGUGGGCCUCCCGGAUCCGCGUUAACAAGAUGCUGGGGUCGCUUCUGCUUCCGGCGUGACAUGAUUCACGGCGAGUCAGACAGAGAGGGGGGCAUCAGUCGGUCGAAUGGCACCAGGCACGUUUUUGCGCACUUGGAAAGCGCUCCAGAAACCAUCCACGCAUGUGAAGUUCAGAAGUUACCAAACUCCCCAACCCCUUUGUAUUGAGAGGGAAAUUCUAAAUAACGUGUCUGGUGACUUUUAAGUGUAAAAAAAAGAACUCCAAGAGCAAACAUGGGCGUUUGGAUAUCCGCUCAGCAGCAGUGUCAUAUGAAGCCACAGUGAGUGCGUGUGUGGCUGCUCUAAAGUCUCCUCUCCCCCCCAAAAAAAACUUGUCCAAAUUUGCGCCCCUCCUCUCCCACUGCUGCCCCGCUGCAUGCACAUACAGGGAGCACACACACUCAUGCAAACACACACCAUGCACACACACAGAACCACUCCUUGUUCUUCAAUGAUAUUUGCAUUUCAAUAGCGUGUAACACACAGCCUCCCUGGUUCCCUCUUUCUCUUUCUCCCCCAGCUUUAUUUUGUCUUUACACACUCUCUCAGCAGCUAUAAACUUUCAAUAAAACAUGACAAGAAGGUGUCAGAGCUGUUGGAUCUCUAAAACACGUUUGGAUUGAUGUGAUUUGUCUCUUUUUGAUGGAGGAAAAAGAUGGAGGGAGUGGAUUCAAAGAAGGAUGCAAUAACAUGUUUGAAAACAGUCUAACAGGUGAGUUAUGGAUCACGUGAUCGUGCUGAGAGGGACUAAAAAGUGAGAUGAUCUGAUUUUUUUAAAAACUCUGCAUCGUGGAAAAUAAAGAUGUGAUCGUAAAAGUGAUUGAGAGACAGGUGAUGACACAAAAACACGAAUUAUUGUGAGGGAUGAGCGGCGAUCAGGCGAUAUUUCCCUUUGAUUUUCAUAGGGCCAAUUAUCUACAGCACUGCAGCGAGUGCCUGUUGUGUGCAAGAGGGGCCACACAACCAUUCCACAUUCAUGCAUGUAUUUCGUGUGUUAUCACCAGGCACAUAAUAACCCCCCCACUUACUCCCCCCUCAAAAAAAAGCAUCUUACACUGGAGCUCUAUUUAAAAGGCAGAGAAUAGAUGGGAAUCUUUGACAAUGGCGUGCUGGACACAGUUGAGUGAGCAUCUCCCCUCUCUCACUAUGAACCCCCGGAUCCACUGCUGCACAGCACAAUGCCCCUCUUUCACCCCCCGCCUUUACUCCUGUACCACGUGGAGAAAUGGAUAAAAGAGAGAGAGGGAGGAAAAAGUGGGAGGUGGAGGAGGAAGAAGAGGAGGGAGAGGGGGGGACAUAUUUAAGUAGGUGUCUCACAUUAUACAUACAUCCACUCAGGCUGCCAAGGAAAAUGGGGCUUAAUAUGUUUUGAAGGGAAACAACUGUCAGGUUCGUCUCAAGGGUUAGUUACAGAGCAAUGUGCCCCUCAUCCAGGGUCACUGGCAUCACCUGCAAAAUAAAUCGAAAAUGGCAAUGUGGAGUCAAAGAGUCACAUUCAGCUGAAAGAAGUCUCUGGCUUGUAAAAAGUGGCAAUAAACCCCAGUCUAAAGCGCUGUAAACAUAAAUGGGCUCACUCAAGCACCGAAGGUCAAAAGCACUAACAUUUCAUGACCACCAAAAUAAUUAAUAAGGAGUUUACAAAACACUGAAACAUCAGCUGUUUUUCUUUAAAAGAAAAACAAACAAACAAACAAACAAAAAAACAGAAACAAAAACAAAAACAAAACAAACAAAACAAACAAAAAAACAAAUGGGCUUUUUCUUUUUUUUUAUUUUGUGAAACUGAAAAAUGUUAAAUGAAACCAUAAAAAAAUCAUUUAAUGCAAAAAAAAAAAAAAAAAAAAAUUAACCAAGUAUGUAGGUUUGGGCAGAAUAUUAAAUUGCAGCAUUCCACAGAACACAUAAAAAGUGAAAAUAUAUCAGUAUUUUGUGAGUUAUCUUUAUUUCAGUUUUUGUAAAAUACGUUUGGUUCCAUUUUACAAACUUUUUUUGUGUUGCAUUAAAUAUUUUGGCUUAAAAUAUUAUAAUUAUUUUACUAUUUGAGAUUCGUUUUUACCGUUUUGAAAAUAUUGUGGAAUCGACCUUCAGAGCCACCAUAUAGCUAAAUUAUAUUGCUUCAAAGGUGAGUUAUGACCUGGUAAGGUAAAAGUAGGACCUUAUCUUCUUACUUUCUUGUCGGGAGAAAAAAAAAUAAAAUUAUUUGGCUUAUUUUCGUAAGUAAUAAAUUUUUGGUACAACUUUAAAUUAUACCUACAAAACUGUUUGUAUUGUCGGUUAUUUAAAACAUACGUUAAAUUUCAGUUGAGAUUCGGUGAUAAAUCAGCCAAUCAGGUUACAGUAUUUGAUUAACGUCUCCUGUUGCCACCUGCUGAGGGAAAAACUUAACCGGUAUGUUGUAUUUUUCCGAGUUUUAUAUACAUUAAAACGACAUAAAGGUGUUCUUGCCUCGAUGUUUGGUUAUGCAUUUAAGUUUAGAGAAAUGAUAUGUUGUUAAAAGUCGAGGUUGUUUCAUUUCUAAAGCAGAGCUGACACAACUUAAAGCCUGUUAAGGUUAAUAUUAGUUAGAGUUGAUAUAGCAUUAAGCUAGCGAACAAGCCACUGGUUACGUGUAAUUCGUUUAAGAAAGUGAUAUUUGACAUUUUUUUUGUGACAAAUAACGUAAAAUAGUUUGAAAAUGAAGAAUCUCACUUUGUAAAGAUAGAAAAUAGUCCUAACUAAGUAACUGUUUUCAGUAUAAUGGCAAACAAUCAUGAAUUUGUACAGUUUAAAAAGCAAUUUAUACUCAGUUUGGUAAAACAGACAAAGUUUUGUUACUCCUAUUAAUUUUAGGAACCGUGAGGACUAAAAACUAAGUUAAUGUUAUCCAAGCAUAAUCUUAAUGAAGUCAAAAUUUCUUUAUUAAUCAAAAUAUUGCAUUUUUAAUCUUAUAUGUGAGGAAAAAGUGUUUAUUAAAAAAUAAAAAAGACUGACAGCAAUGCCUGAAUUAGAUAACUUCUUCCUCUGACCUUAGUUACUUCUGAUAAGGCCACACAGAGCUUUUGUUAUAUAGUCGACUAGGGCUGGGACGAUAUGCUUUUCUCCCAAUCUGAUUCUUCUACGAUUUGUUGGAUGCCAACUAAGUUUAUAUUGCGAUUCUACGAAAUUGUCGAUUUUCUCGAUAUUCAGUCUGCAUUUUAAUCACCAGAGAAACAGUUGAAUGAUUAUGAUUGUCUACUGACUAUUCCAGGAACCAUAUUUACCCCAAAAUACACAUCAUGUAAGUCAAUUUUUAAGAUUUAUUCUUAAAUUUGAAAAAUCAUAAAAAAUCGAUUAAAAAAAUUGUAAAACAAAAAAUCGCUAUACUUACGUGAAUCGAUUUUUUCUCCCACCCCUAAAGUCGACCUUUAUGAAGUCAGUAUGUUAAACUCAAAUUGACCUUUACCUCACAAAGACUAACAGAUCUACCUCUUUUUAAAACUGUACUCUACUUUUCAGCCUUCAACAUGUUCGUCUGCGAUGACACACUUCUGUGCAACUUCCCGAAGUGUCGCACCAAGCUGAGCAGCUUCGCCUGGGUCACAGCAUGCUCACAUGUUUUCUGCGAUCAGCACGGGUCUGAUGCGUUCAGCCGCUCUCCUGCCAUCUGUCCAGCGUGCUCCUCGACACUCUCUGGGAAGCUGGACACCGUGAGGACAGAGCUGUCACCUUCAGAGGAGUACAAAGCCAUGGUGCUAGCAGGUCUGCGACCUGACAUAGUGCUGGACAUCAGUGCCCGUGCUCUGGCCUUCUGGAGCUAUCAGGUCAGCUUAUGAAUCUGUAGCAGAGAGCAGAGAAAGAGUGCUGUCUUCCCAUGAAAUACAUUCAGUUUAUAGGUGUUUUUUCCCUCUAUAAACAGAUCCAUCAGGAGCGCAUGUAUCAAGAAUACAGCCUGUCACGGGCAGAGGCACAGCUGAAGCAAAUGGAGAAGGUGUUGAGCCAGCAGAACCAGAGCAGAGAACUCGAGCUCACCACCAUGAGGGGGGAAAUCGCCUCCCUGAAGAAGGUAAAACUCACUUCUAAGACUCAAGUACUGUCACAUUUGAAACAAGCUUCUCAAACUAUUUCAGGCAAGGAAGUUUGGGAGACUGUAGCUUCUGCUAGGAAGGCAAAAACUUGAAUAUGAGUUUGAAUCCUUUCCUCUCUCAGGUGAUGGAGGAGUACAAGAGGAAGUACAGUGAGGUGUCUGAGAGGCUGAUGGAGAGGAACAGGCAGUACCAGAAACUGCAGGGGCUGUAUGACUCUCUGAGGCUGCGCAACAUGGUGGUGGGUGGAGGGGAGAGAGAUGUGCUGACACAACCAGGACAUCAGGACUUCAACAGUGGUGAGAGCAAUCUCAAUAUAGAAGUUAGAAGUUUUCAAGCACGCUCACUAUUGAGGGGUUUUCUGAUCAUUUUGUUGAGGAGAUAUAUUGAAGAUUUAUUUUGAUAGAGGUUGAUUUAUGACACUUUAAAGGGAUAUUUCUGUGUAAAAGUAAUUUAGGGUCAAACACACCGUAACACCGAGUUAGACACCCCCUUGAGAGAUGAAUGUUGCCGACUGCUUGCUUCUCUAGUUAUACCAACUUUAGUAACGACCGCAGGAUAGUGAUACACAUUGUCUCCUGCCUGCUCUGCUCUCUACUUUCCAAGUUGACUGUCUCUCCUCAGCUGUCCUGUAAAUGAAAGCAAAAAUGUAAAGGAAAUAUUCAAAAACAUAGGUUAAAUAGAUAACUGGGCAGGACACCUAAAACCCAAAUGUGUCUUCCCCAAAGUCAUCGAACACCUGCUUUGAUUUAUUUAAUGAGACUGGAUUAUUUAUUUCCAGUCUUUUAAGUCCUUUUCAGACAUGCACAAACCUCCUGAAACUUCUGGAAAUAGUCCGGGUGAGCUGCAUAUGAGAAAACAAACAGCCAAAUUUUUCACCUCGACUUGCUUGAGUUAUAACCUGAGCAGUAAGUCACUUCCUGAGCUAAUGUGAGCAUGCAGCAGGAAAUUAUAACUUUUCUGCAUGGUUAUAAAAUUCUCUUUCAACCCUGAUCUAAAACUGCUAGUGCAAAUACAGAUAAGCUUUCAAAUAUAAGUUUAAGAAACACUUUCCUUCAGCUAAAAAAUACAGAUAAAUGUCUUUCUGUGUUUGCCUGAGAAUGUUACACUUCUGUUGAACCACUUGUUGCAUUGUGCCUUCUCUGAUGAAUGAGAACAGGAAGGAAGUGCAGGGAGAAUAAUCACAAAGGGAAAACACAGCUGUAGGUGUCUGUAAAAAAGAAGCAGUCAUCAAGAAGGAACAGUGGGAGUAAUGAGCUGAUUGUCUAUGUAAGGGAAUUUUACCUGGAAGAACAAUAACACACAUCCAUCAUCCCCCUCUGUGUCACCCAGGGGUGGCUCGGCAGGGGUCCCCCCAGAGAAGCCCUCAGUUCUUCUCCACCGGCCCGGAUGGGGAUGGAAGAUUCUUCUCCUGCUUGGAGACUAACGGACCCAGAACCUUUUUCCAGUUCAGCUCCCCGUCUAGAGACAGAGGCCCGCUGCUCAUGAAGAAGCACUAAGACAGCAGCAGGUUUUCCACGACAUUCGUUUCAUACUGGUGUUCGGUGUUGUGGUGUUCAAUCGAAGGUUAGUCGAGUUGCCCAAGGUGUAUUUUUUUGAGGCUUUAGUUGACAAUUUUUACAAGAGUGACAAAAAUUUGGACUGAAAUCAAAUAUUGACGUAUUUGCUGUGGUCCAUUUCUGUUAAUAAACUAUAACAUAAAUUGACUGUUUACACAGAGACAAGCCUCCAUUUCUCUUUUGUGGAUAAGAUUAACUCUCUGGUCACAAAUUCAAAAGAAUCAGUUUAAUUUUGAAUACUCAUGUGUUUUUAAAAUCUGAAGGACUCAGUUCAGGAGGUUGGGGCGACAGUGGCAAGUCUCACCUUAUAGGGAUAUUCCAGCGUAAAAUUAAGUUAGGGUCAAACACACCAUAACACUGAGUUAGACAUUCUGUUGAGAGAUGAAUGUUGCCGACUGCUUGCUUCUCUAGUUAUA